CUAAUUCACAGUUGAUUUCAAAGAUGAACGUCUUCAGGACCUUCGCGUUGUUUUGCAUUGCAUUGCUUGUUUCUCAAGCUAGGGCGUCGUCCGAAGCACUGUCCGAGGAGGAAGAAGACACAGAAGAAAAUAACUCAAUUCGUGAAAGGGAGAGGUUAAAAGCUGAAGCAGAUGCGGAGCAGAGGCGGGAGUAUCCCGAGAUGUAUGGUGAUGCGGAACAAGGUGAUAUGAUUAUACCCAAAGAGGAGCUGGAAGAAUUAAAGAGACUUGCCAAAGUGGGUGGCCAUGGUAAAUAUAGGACGUCAAUAUUCAAUAGUGCAUACUUUAGUUAUGGCGGUACGUAUGGUUACGGUUGGAUUUACUAUGGGUUAGGGCGCAUACCAUAUUAUGUUACCCCGGACUUCAAGCAGAGAACUGCAGCCGAAGGCAACGGAUCGCAUACACCUUACGAGAUUUUUAUGGACGCAAUUGCAUACAUUAAGAAUGAGGUUGCGUGCGUAGACUUUUUCCCAUUUGAGGGAGCAACAACACCAUACUACGUAUUGGUUGACUAUGGAGCUAGUUGCCAAGCUGAGAUUGGCUGCAGAAUGAAAAGUGGACAAAAAUUAGAUCUUGGACCAUACUGCACCUUCAAAAGGGGAACUGUUUUACACGAAAUAAUGCAUGUACUUGGAUUUUAUCAUGAGCACACGCGACAAGACAGGGAUUCUGAGGUUACAGUGCACCUUGAAAACGUAGAGACAAGUCCAAAUGACAGAAGAUCUAAUUUUGAUGUUGUAUCAACCGACUUUGUGGAUCAUUCACCUGUCUAUGACUGCGGAUCCGUCAUGCACUAUACACACAAUGCGUAUAGCACCGACAAGUUUUCCCUGGAUACGAUCACUGGGAAGACAACAGCAUGUAGGAAUGUAAUGGGACAGAGGGUUGAUUUUAGUCCGAUAGAUAAAGCAACACUUGCUGCGAAAUAUGGCCCACCCUGUCCGGCAUAGACUUACAUUCAUUCAUUUCAUUUUGUUUGCACAACAAUAGUAUAUAACAUAGAAGAAAUCGUUGAUUGUGAAUAAGAACGAGUUUUGUUAUGAAUCUAAACACAUUGGUGAAAAGAGACCGUACAGAUGAAAACCAUAUCAAAAAGCACAAGUUUCUAGAAAACAAGCCCGUAUUAAUGUUGUCGCCUUUUCGAAAUUAAAUCGAUUGACGUUGAAUUAGAACCCACGCUUGAAUCCAAUAAGUUUGACUUUUUCCCAUAGCUGUAUCAUUUUCAAAUGACUCCAGUUACCCCCUUUAUAUUGCACAUGGUUUAUUUUCUCGACAUGGUACAAACCAUCGUGAUAAAGACGGUGGAGGCAUCGGGUUCUUUAUCAAAAAUGAUGUCACCAUACUCAAUGUCUUCAUUUUUAAGAUUAAGCCUUUUGAGAGAUACUGGUUUACUUAGUUUAAAAAUUCCAAAUAAAAAUUGAGGAAGUAGCAUAUUUUCUUCCGUUGAUAUCAUAGGCCAGUUACUGGUUAAGCCUCC